AUGAGGCUCUCUGUUCUUCUUCUUCUCUUCUGGGGGUCCAGAGCUUUAUCACGUUAUCAUCCUCGUGAAAUCACACCUUCUUAUGGUCCGCUUAGCAACGAACAAGUAACCAAUGACACAAAGGGCCAGACAAAUCCAGAAGAGCACACCGUCAAGUUCUGGUAUGACAAGAGCUCAGCCACGCUGAAGGGCCGGUUUAAGACGCAGCCUAGAGAGGGGGUAGCGAAAAACUUGAUCCUGUUCCUAGGGGAUGGAAUGUCCCCUACCACCGUCACUGCUGCGAGGAUCUACUUCGGCCAGUUGGCGAACAAGUCUGGGGAAGAGCAGGAGCUUAUAUUCGAUACAUUCCCUUACACAGGACUCUCAAAGACAUACUGCGUCAACUCUCAAGUCGCAGACUCUGCCUGCUCCGGGACCGCGUACCUCACGGGCGUCAAGAACAACCUUCACACCAUCGGGGUGACGGCAGACGUGGGGUACCAGGACUGGCGAGGCAUGGCGAACUCUGACUACCACACCUCGUCAAUCGCACAGUGGGCCCAAGAGGCUGGCAAGGGGGUGGGGAUAGUCACCACGUGUAAGGUGACCGAUGCUUCACCCACCGCAACAUACGCCAACACCGCGUCAAGGUAUUGGCAGACCGAUCAAGACAUUCUCAAAGAAGCUCCUGAUGCCCAGGGGAUACAGGAUAUUACAAGACAAUUGGUGGAAAACGCACCAGGAAAGAACUUCAAGGUUAUCCUGGGAGGUGGCAGGGAGACGUUCCUUCUGAUGGACCAGGACGAUGGUUACGGCAACAAGGGACUCAGAGGGGACGGUAAGGACCUCAUACAAGCGUGGAAGGACUCUAAGGACUCUAAGGAUAACGCUACAUACGUCACCAACAGAGACCAGCUUCUGGCAGUCAAUGUGGACAAGACUGACCAUCUCCUAGGUCUCUUCCACCACAACCACAUGGACUACCACUUGGAAGCGAACGCCUCUCAUCAGCCGACCCUGUGGGAAAUGACAACGAUGGCUAUCAAGAUGAUGCAGAAGGAGGAAAAUGGUUACUUCUUGUUCAUAGAGGGAGGAAGGAUUGACCACGGCCAUCAUGACAAUAAGGCUCACCUAGCUCUGGAUGAGGUCGUGGAGUUUCAUAGGGCUAUCGAAGUAGCUUUGCAUCUGACGAGUGAAGAUGACACUCUUAUAGUAGUAACGGCGGACCACGCUCACACCAUGACAUUGAGUGGGUAUCCAUCCAGAGGCAGUGACAUCAUCACCACCCUCCAGGCGACAGAUGACAACAUGACAUACUCCACCCUGUCAUACGCAAACGGACCUAACCGUAAUGGCUUUGAGAAGAACGGAAGCAGACACAACAUCGUGAAUGACGAUAGAGGAGCUGCAGAUUACAGGUUCCCCACCACGUACUACCUAGAGUCCGAGACGCAUGGAGGGGAGGACGUGGCGGUGUAUGCUAGAGGUCCCUGGGCCCACCUACUGGUAGGCGUCUUCGAGCAAACUGUCAUACCUCAUGUGAUGAGCUUCGCAGCAAAGAUAGGACCUGCAGCUAACAUUACUGUUGACAAGUCUAAUUCCACCUCGGCCUCUCCUGGGGUAGGGAAUAACAUGCUGGGCCUUACAUUGACUGUGAUCAUUUUAACAAUUUUGUAUUAAACUUUUUUAUCGUA